UUACGGUCACCCUGACUAUGCGCUGUCAAUUCACCCACCGAAAAUACGUUGGUAAUCUCUUGUUCUUAGAUUCCAAAUGGCAGAGAUUUCAGAUACAGACGGAAGUUCAGUCCCCAGAGGCCCAAUUUUACACAUUCUUGUCAUUGGAUUUCAUCACAAAAAGGGAUGUCAGGUUGAUUUCUCAUAUCCACCCUUGAUUGAGGGACAGAGCAGCAGUAGUUCAGAUAUACCAGCUGAAUGGAAACAUCUUCCAUUUCUUGCCGUACCUGAUGGUGCUCAUAAUUAUCUUGAAGAUACCAUCUACUUUCAUUUACCAGGAAGAGAUGAGAAGCGUAAUACGAUAUAUGGCAUUUCCUGCUAUAGACAGAUCAACACUGAGGAUUUGUUGAGUAGAGACAAGGAGUUCACUAGAGGCACUGUGCAGAAGAGCGUCUGUGUGCUUAGCACAUUGCCGCUGUAUGGUUUAAUCCAAGCUAAACUGAAGCUGAUUACACAUGCCUACUUCAGUGAGAGAGAUUUCUCCAAAACCUCCAUCCUUAUAGAGUUGUACACCAGUCUGAACGGUUCUUUGACAACGGGUCAACUAGAUGAUUCCCAAGCAUUCUUGGAUCUUCCACUUAGAGAUUUGAUCCUAACAUUCAAGCAUAAGGUCUUGGUGUUGUUUAAGUUACUUCUUUUAGAGCGACGUGUGUUGUUCUUUGCUCAACCUGUACACACCUUAUGCACAUCUCUGCUGUCACUUGUUUCAUUGUUUCCAGCUAUGAUUGAACAUGGUCUGGUAGAAGCAGCUUCCUACAAGCACUAUCGCCCACCAACUCCAUCUCUAGAACUCAACGACUUUGGCAUUGAUACCAGGGAGUAUGAAGAUGUCAAGAUGUCACAUGUGCCUAACUAUCGGAAGAAGAAAAGGAAGAACAAAGACGCACAGGAAAAUACUGUGACUGAUGAAAUCCCAACAUCUUCAAUCAGUCCAUCGUAUGGAGAGAAUCCAACUGACAUGGAAACAACACGUUCGCGAUCAGUUGAUAGUACCCUAACAAGAGACUCUGCUAUACCAGAAUCCAUUGCUUCAUCCUCAUCAGUGGAAAAGGGAGACUCUCGAUCUACAGACCAACAAGAUAACAUUAGCAAAAUGGGCUUCCAAGAAACAAGCAGUGCUGAGCAAAUGGAGAAAACACAGGAAAGCGCAAGGAGUGAGACAUCCAACAUUUCAUCCAACUCUGAGCAGGAAGACAAUAACCAAACUCCUGUCUCUGCUAAGGCACUUGAGGAGGAUCUGUUUGCAAUGAUAGAUCAAGAAUUGUAUGGUCCGUAUUUUGAAGGAAGAAAACUGAGUGAAGGUGAUCUUGAAAAUGAGUCUAAAAUUAAGUCAGGAACAUCACGUCAAGGAAGUAAGUCAAGAGAUAACUCAAACAGUGACCCCAACCAACACCAAAGUGGAAUCGCAAAGGAACCUCCCCAGGAAGUUGUCUUAAGAAGGGACACUGAUGAGUUUGAACACAUCAGUGAAAAUGAUGCCAGUCUUGUCAGACAGAAGUUGGCAAAAGGUUCACCCGAGGAUCCGGAGGAGCGAUGCACUCAGCGUUUGAGUGGUGCAGAUGAUUUUGUCGUCUUACAAAACAACUGCCCAUCGAUGUCAACACUUAAGGCAGAUGAUUUUGGAUUUCCACUCUCCUUGUUUGGAAAGGGUUCUUUGUGUCAUCCCUACAUGGCCCUACAGCAGCAUGAUCUUCUUAAAGAUGUCAACGUACGAUGCUUUCUGAUUGGUGCAUCUAAUAUGCUCUUUAAGCAACGCCGACAUCUUAUAGAUGUUCUUGUGGAGGUGGAGGAGGGCAAGGUGAUUGUAUUUGAUCCUGAGCUUCGUAAACAGCUGAGCUUGUCCACUGCUGACUUGAGAUUUGCUGAUUUUCUGAUCAAGAGUGUUUCUGAGAAGAGUGAGGAUAUCUACUUAGAUAACACAGGUUGGGAAGGUGGCGAAGAGUGGAUACGAGCUCAGUUCAAAGUCUACGUCCUGUCACUGCUUGCAACUGCUCUACAUCAACGUCAUGAAAAGGAUAUGAGUGAUUUCAAUGACCAUUUUGUCAAUGCUUGGAAGACAACACAUAACUAUCGAAUCUGGAUGAGUGAGGAGCAUCCUGGGAUUGAUUUCGUUCUUGCUGGUCACCCGUGUCAGGGUCAGCUCAGCAUGCAGGACAUGAAAAUAAGAUUACAAAGUGCUAUGCAAACCACUGAUAGAGGCAAGAAACUAAACAGCGCCCUCAAUCGAACUAGUGUGGCCAUGGUACACACCGGUAAGGCAGUAGGGGGUGCUCUGAGUAGCGCAAAGUCAGCUGUGUCUGCUUGGAUAUCCGGUCUGGCAUCUGAGUGGAAAGACGAUACAAAUGAGCACGGGAAUACUAAGUAAUCAGAUAUAAGAGGAGUGGUACCAGACCAUGAUAACUGAAAUAUUUCCAUUCAUUUGUGGGAUUUUAAUUUCUGUUUUUGAAUCUAUAUUCAAUAUUUAUGUUCCUUUCUAAACAUUUACCUUCAGGGGAAAAUUCUCAAAAGUGUCUUAAAGACAUUUUCCUAAUAUUCAGCUUUGGAGUAAUGUUGUUCUAUUUUCAUUAUAAUGUAAAAAAUACCUUUAUCAUGGGUCAGCCAGCAAAAUGCAGACUGGGUUCACCUGAUGUGAAUUGUGUGCACUGGAUGAAAGUGAAAAGCCAUUUUUUUUUCUUUUUCAUUGUUUUCUUUUAUUUCAAUAGAAAUGGUGGUAUUCAUGAAAUGUGCAAUUAAAUGUAUUUCUGCUUAUGUUAAGGUCAGUGUCACAAAUAUAUAUAAUCAUUGCACAUUAUUUGUAAAUAUCGACAAAUAUGAUGGUGUCUAAUUUGGAAUAAUCCUAAAGUGUAUUUUUGUGCAAAUAAAAAAAGAACACUAACACUAUUUAGAAAACUUUUUAUGGAACGUCAACAAUAUUUCCUUUUUGUGGGAGUUCUAAAGUUGUCUUGACUGUAAUUAAUUCUAAAAUACUUUGCCUGAUAACAAAAAUAGGACAGGUACAAUUACCUCAGCUUUCCUGUCUCCUGAGGCCCUGCCCCCAAAAAACAUUUAAGUAAUUGGAUUAAGUAUUAUAAUUACAUUUUUGUUCACGUACAUAUAAAUGUAGACUAUCAUUAAUCAUCCACAAAUAAUUUGACAUUGUGUGCACUUGCAUUUAAAUUGCACUGUUAAACAGGAUUUUUUCAAACACCAUAUUUACAGGUGAACAUCAAAAUGUUCCUUGUAAUUAACCGGGUUGUUGAGAAUCAUUUUGAAUGACUUCAUCUGUAUCUGCUUAUACAUGAGUUGUCAUAUACCCAUGGCAUUAAAAAGAAUCACGGCAUUUAGUUGGCUUUGAAACAAAAUUAUGAAAGUUACAUGUAAACUUCACAUUAUGCUGGUAAAUAUUGCAUUGUAACCAAGUAAUAUGCAAUUUAUGUAAUGCUGCUUGAUUAAACAGCUAGUUAUCUGGACAUCUUGUAUUCUUCGCUUAUUUGAAAAAUAGAUAAACAUAUACCUUCGAAUAAAACACUAAGAACGUUUUUAAUUUGAAGUCAUUUUGUGUGAUGUUUUAAAUUGUAAAAUGAACUCAUUAAAGGGUCCAUGAGAUCGGGUUCUUUUUAGGAA